GCAGCAUGGGGCGGGAUGGCGGCGGGCCGGCGGCCAUGGACCCGGUGCGCAGCUUCGAGCGCUGGAAGAAGAAGUACACUCGUCGGACGCAGAAGCUGCGGUUGCAGAGGAAGGAGAGGAAGCGGCCUGAGUGGCAGGUGGAGCGGGAGGUCAUCGGCCGCCUGGUGCAGCGCUACCCCGAGAUAAAUCCAAGUGAAAUUCAAAGAUUUUCAGAUUUUCCAUUGUCAAAGAAAACCCUGAAAGGGUUGCAGGAAGCUCAGUAUCGCAUGGUAACAGAGAUACAGAGGCAAACCAUAGGUUUGGCUUUACAAGGCAAAGAUGUGCUUGGAGCUGCAAAGACUGGAUCAGGAAAAACCUUGGCUUUUAUUGUCCCAGCUUUGGAACUCCUGUAUCGGCAUCAGUGGACUUCAGCAGAUGGCUUGGGAGUUCUGAUAAUAUCACCCACCCGGGAGCUGGCCUAUCAAACCUUCAAGGUUCUGCGUAAAGUUGGAAAGAAUCAUGAGUUCUCAGCUGGCCUCAUCAUUGGAGGAAAGGAUGUGAAAGAGGAGUCUGAAAGAAUCCACAACAUAAACAUGCUAAUUUGCACACCAGGACGGCUUCUGCAACACAUGGAUGAAACUUCUUAUUUCUAUGCAUCUGAUCUGCAACUGCUGAUUCUUGAUGAAGCUGACAGAAUUCUUGACAUGGGGUUUGCUGAUACAAUGAAUGCAAUCAUAGAAAAUCUACCUAAGAAACGCCAGACCUUGCUUUUUUCUGCAACACAAACAAAAUCCGUGAAGGACCUCGCAAGGCUGAGUCUGAAAGAUCCCGAGUAUGUCUGGGUUCAUGAGAAAGCCAAAUUCAGCACUCCAGCAACUUUGGAUCAGAACUAUGUUGUUUGUGAGCUUCAGCAAAAAGUGAACAUGUUAUAUUCUUUCCUGAGAAGUCACUUGAAAAAGAAGACCAUUGUGUUUUUUUCAAGCUGUAAAGAGGUCCAGUAUCUGUUCAGAGUGUUCUGUAAGCUUCAGCCUGGUCUCACUGUACUGGCACUUCAUGGCAAGCAGCAUCAGAUGAAGAGAAUGGAAGUCUACACUUGUUUUGUUCGGAAAAAGGCAGCAGUACUUUUUGCUACAGAUAUUGCAGCUCGUGGCCUGGAUUUUCCAGCAGUGAACUGGGUCAUUCAGUAUGACUGUCCAGAAGAUGCAAACACAUACAUCCACAGAGUUGGAAGAACAGCUAGAUACAAAGAAGGUGGUGAGGCUUUGUUAGUACUGCUUCCCUCAGAAGAAAAAGGCAUGGUGGAACAGCUGGCACAGAGGAAAGUACCUGUUUCUGAAAUCAAAAUUAAUCCUGAAAAAUUUACAGACAUCCAAAAGAGGAUGCAGGCUUUCUUGGCUCAAGAUCAGGAGUUAAAAGAGAAAGCUCAAAGGUGUUUUGUGUCCUACCUGCGGUCAGUUUAUUUAAUGAAGAAUAAAGAAGUAUUUGAUGUGUUCAAAUUGCCUCUAGCAGAAUAUGCCCUAUCACUUGGCCUUGCAAUGGCACCUCGUGUGAGAUUUCUUCAAAAAGUUCAAAAGCAGCUGCCUGUGAAUGAGGAAGCUGAUGAGGCAGAUCGCCUGAAGGAGAUGGAGCAAACUACAGACAGCCUCUCCUCAGUAAAUGAGGGAGGAGUGGAGAAGCACGGGGCUAAUUUGAGUGGAAAUGUGUCUGUUAACAAAAAGCAAAACGAGAGAAGGAAAGAAACUGAGGAAUGUUCUGCUUCCAGUGAAGCUGAGGAGAGUGGUGAGUCUGAGGAUGAAUCUAAAGAGAUAUCUGAGGAGGAGGACAAAGAAGUUACUGUACCAAGUGGGGUACCAAACACAGACACCGUGCAGUUGUUUGAAGAUGAUGAUGACGACGAUGAUGAUGCUAAAGAUACUGAUUUGCUGACAGUGAAACGACGGAAUAUUUUUGGUGUGGAAGAAAGUCCAGCACUGUUAAAAUUCUCCAGCUGUCUUUACAUUGUGGAGCCCUGCACUUUCUGGGUAAAUGGGAUUUUUCCAGCCACGAUCAAUGAGUCGCUCCUGGCACUUGGUGAAAACACUUGCAAUCGAAGUGGGAAACACUUCUCGCCUUCUGAGAAAUCUCGACUUUCAGACAGAUUAUUCUUGACUGAACAAAUGUCAUCUCCUGUGCCUUCUCUUGAAAGUGCUUCUUUUCCCCUCCUCCCUCUAAAAGAUGAGUAUUUCCCCUCAUCUCUUCUGCUACCUAUCCAGACUUUUUAUUGAUGGAACCUCUAGUGAGAUGACAGUGGGAUCAACAGGUUAGCUCACAGAACUACCAGCAACCCUUUUAUUCCAAUUGUUGCCUUUUUAACAUUUGUUUUAUUGUUUUAAAAGAAAAACUAGAAGAUUCCUAGAUCUAAACUUGCUUAACCUAGUUUUUCUUUCUUAUACUAUUUUUUCCUAUCUGUUUCAAGUCACUUUUCCAGACUCCUGGCUUUUCUCUGCACCAGUUUGCUUGAAAUAGAGCAUAUAAAGUUGCUCUAGCUGAGUUAGGUGGGCUUUUCCAUCUCACUGGAGUGAGAAUAAACAUGGGGCAGAGCUGGAGGGCGUGAUUAGAUUGCAGUGUCCCAGUUGUGCUAACAUAAGCUUCUGCAUCCCCACUGUAUUACCAGCUCCAGGCUGUGGGUUUUUUUCUUUUGGCAUGCCCAGUGAUUCCAGUUUACUACUUCAUUUAAGUUUGUGUGCCUAGGAGCUUAGCUAAGGCUCAAUUGGGAUAAUUCUUUGGUGGUAGAGGAGUGCAGUGAAGUCCAGCCAAGAGAUAUCUGUCGAGAGAGAACUUCGUAAUUUAGGGAACAUUCUCAGAAGACUACAUUCUGUGAAGUACAAGGAUGGGAAUUAAGCCUGACAACUUGCAACUUUUUUUGGCAGUACUUGUAAAAAUGCUUCAGAAAUGGGAAUAUAUUAUUUUGUUUGUAUUGCUUAAGUUGGUAUAGUCAAGCUAUGGACCAAUGUAACUGAUGUGUCCAGAGACAGACUUCCCAACAAUUCCCUGCACUCCCAUUGGGAAGACUGGAGAGAUGUCUUUGGAUGGCAGAAGAAUGUUUCAUGGCCAGAUGUUGAAUGUUUUUGUGAAAGUAGUUUGGCACUUAGAGCUCAAAUAGCAAUGCCACCUCCAAUCUCAUUUCUUGUGCCUAUAUGUGACCUGACUGCAGUGUAGGUCUUGGCGUGACAAUAGGGGAGCAGUGGGGAUGACUGAUGGGUACUACAAGUCUUCCCUUUGGUGGGUUCAGAGCAUUCUUUGCUAAAUUGGUGACACAUUUCAUCAGCUCUGAUAUGUGAAAAUUAAUCAUUAAAUUUUAAGUACUUUUUAGUAAGCACAAGAACUUCUAAGUUUGAACUGUAUAUUUUAGUGAAGAAAUAAUGAGAAACACAUUUGCUCACACUAUCCCUGUAGACUUAUUUUUUUGUCUAAGCAGAAUGCAAAAUGCACAUUUAUUCAAAAGAAGUACAAUUAAAUUUAAAGGGUAGAGAAAAUUGUGUAAUUUGUAUAAAAAGAAAGUUAAUUUAUGAUGACAAAAUGGCACUAACAAGUAGAUUAUGUUCAUUCCUUAACACUGCUAGAGCCCAGUGCAUUUGUCUAGAAAUAAUUACUAGUUUGAUUUAAGCUUUACUUUCUUCCAGGCACUGUUAAAAUAUAAGCAUUAUGGCUCAGACAGGAUAACCAAAACAUAAGUUUUUCUAGACACAGCAGCAGCACUGUAAAUGCAACCCAAGAGGAGAGAUAGUGUGAGUGAUAGAACAAAAUUAAUUGCCUGCUGAAAGUUUUAAGACACUCAGUAUUACGAAUGACAGACGCUUGUUCCACUGUCAAAACAACUGUCAUAAAUGAAUAUAAAAGUUGUUUGAGCUUGGAAGAAUUCUAUAGUGCUCGAUGUACUCUUAGUAUUAAAUACAAUAAGGCAUAAAUCUGUUUAUAACACCCCAAAUCUGCUGUGAUAAAAAUUUCUACAUUGGUAGUUGCUGGUAUUUUAGAUGAAUAUGUAAAAAUAGUGUGUUUAGUAGUAUGAGAGAUGCCUUGCAUGCUGUACUUGAGUCUUGAUCAAACCUGUGCUAGUUUGAAGCAGGCUAGAAUGUUUUGGUGAGAAAAACUAGAUCAUAGGCUGUGAAAAGAAAACAAUGGUGAUGUCUGCUUCCCUCAGAGUCUUGCAGAAGAAGAAAGCAAAACAUUAGAUAACACUCUGGCCAUUUUGUCUUCACUCUCGGGCUGGGCUUUGACUGAGCUGCAUCUCCCUAACCUCACCUGCCACUCACCUUUGCUUCUUAACCUCUUGGCCGAGGUUCUUUAGGACUGGGGUAAGGUUGAG